GGACCAGGGGCCUCGGACGGCGAGAGAGAGGCAGGGGAGCCCCGGCGCAAGCGCGGACAGGUGGGGCGGGGAGGGCCCACAACCCGCGCGCUCGGAGGCCGGUCGGGCUAACACGGGGCUGCCUCGGGGGACCCGCGGGGCAAAGGCAGCGGGGACAGGGGCCGGAGAGACGCGCGGGCCGCUCCGACGGGGCAGUCACGUGGCCAGGGCGCCGCCAUGACGGCGGAAGUGAUGGUGGAAGCGGAGCCGUUGCCAGGCGCCGUGCUGCGUGCCCUACGCGGGGCGCGCGGAGGCUGAGGCGGGAACUUCGAGCGGCGGCGCCAUGGCCCGAGCGGCUCCUGCCUGGUCCGCUGACGCCCGCCGCCCGCCCCGCAGCGUGGCAGCACCCGUUCCUCAACGUCUUCAGAUACUUCCGGGUGGACGAGUGGAAGCGCUCAGCCAAGGAGGGGGACGUCGCCGUGGUGACGGACAAGACCCUGAAGGGCGCGGUGUAUCGCAUUCGGGGCUCAGUCUCUGCUGCCAACUAUAUCCAGCUCCCCAAGACCAGCAGCCAGUCCCUGGGGCUGACUGGGCGCUACCUGUAUGUGCUCUUCCGGCCCCUGUCCAGCAGGCCCUUUGUCAUCCACUUGGACGUGUCCACCGAGGACGGCCAGGUCAUUCGCGUGUCUUUCUCCAACCUCUUCAAGGAGUUUAAGUCCACAGCCACAUGGCUUCAGUUUCCCUUCAUCCUGGAGGCCAGGACACUCCAGAGAGGUGACACCGAGAUGGGGCGUGGAUGGUCCAGGAGGGAGCUGGUGCAGGCCGUGGGGCUCCUCUGCGGCUUGGGGAUCAACCUGGGGAGGCACAGGCUCAACGUCUCUGGGAGUCGGCGGCGGUCAGGAGAGGGGGUGCUGACCCCGAGUGCCCAUCCUGCAGACCGGGUGGGUUUGGCCGCUGCUGGACCCCGCUGGACCUGCCUGCAGCUGGACUUGCAGGACAUCCUCCUGGUCUACCUGAACCGGCGCUACAGCCACCUGAAGAGCGUCAGGCUGUGCGCCAGCCUGCUGGUCAGGAACCUUUACACCAGCGACCUGUGUUUCGAGCCUGCCGUCACGGGGCCCCAGGGGGCAAAGCUGCCCCUCACUCCUAUGCCUCGGGAAAUGGCGUUCCCUGUGCCCAAGGGAGAGAGUUGGCAUGACCGAUAUAUCCACGUGCGGUUUCCGAGUGACCGUUUGAAAGUGCCUUCGGAGCUGAUUCAGAAGAGCCGUUCCCCUCCUGAGGCAGUCCUCCUGGGGCCUGGGCCCCAGCCCCUCCCUUGCCUGGUGGCUUCUAGCAAAGCUGUGUGGGACAGUGUGUCUCCAGUGGUCCAGAUGCCCAGCCCCACAGCCUUCGGCCAGGCCCCCUCGGCACCCAGGCCCUUCCGGGAGGUCAGUCUGUCCCGAGAGCACCCAGAGGCCUCUAGUGCGGAGGGUCCCAGUGUACAGGCACCCAAGCCCUUCCUGAAGGUCAGCCUAUCCCGAGGGUGCUCAGAGGCAUUCAACACAGAUGGGCCCCUUGAGCCCUGGGCCCAGGUGGAGGCCUCUGAUGUCCACACAGCUGCUGCCGGCACCCACGUGCUGACUCACGAAUCGGCUGAGAUGGAAGAGUCGGUUCAGGUGCCUGUGGCCCUUGAGGAUGCUGGCUCCUGCAAGCCCUUCCUCCCGGACCCGGUCCUGAGGCUCAAGGGUGUCAUCGGCUUUGGGGGCCACAGCACCAGACAGGCUGUGUGGACUGCGGAUGGGACGGCUGUCGUGUACCCCUGCCACUCUGUCAUCAUUGUCCUGCGUGUGGACACCAGGGAGCAGCGCUUCUUCCUCGGCCACACAGACAAGGUCUCCGCCCUGGCACUGGAUGGUGGCAACUCACUCUUGGCCUCAGCUCAGGCCGGGGCCCCCAGCGUGAUGCGGCUCUGGGACUUCCAGACUGGGGUUUGCCUAUCCCUGUUCCGGAGUCCAAUGCACGCCGUCUGCUCCCUCAGCUUUGCUGACAGUGGGGCCCUUCUCUGCGGGGUUGGCAAGGACCGGCACGGGAGGACGAUGGUGGUGGCCUGGGGUACUGGCCAGGUGGGCCUUGGCGGCGAGGCGGCCGUUCUGGCGAAGGCACACACUGACUUCGACAUCCAGGCCUUCCGGGUCGCCCGUUUUGAUGAAACCAGGAUGGCAUCAUGUGGGCAGGGCAGCGUGCUGCUCUGGCGGCUGCGUGGCAGGGUGCUACGCUCCUGCCCCGUGGACCUGGGGGAGAACCACGUGCUACACUUCACCGACCUCGCCUUCAAGCAGGCCCAGGACAGCUGGAGACCAGACGGCCGCCAGGAGACCUCGGCUGCCAUGCUCUUUGUGUGCAGCCACAGCGGCCACGUCUUGGAGAUCGAUUGUCAGCGCGUGGUUGUGAAGCAUGCCCGCCGCCUGCUCCCUACACGGACUCCGGGUGGCCCCAGGCCACAGAAGCAGACCUUCAGCUCAGGCCCUGGCAUCGCCAUCAGCAGCCUCAGCGUCUCCCCGGCCGUGUGCGCUGUGGGCUCUGAGGAUGGCUACCUGCGGCUCUGGCCCCUGGACUUCUCCUCGGUGCUCCUGGAGGCAGAGCACGAGGGCCCCGUCAGCUCAGUCUGUGUCAGCCCUGACGGCCUCCGUGUGCUGUCCACCACCUCCUCGGGCCACCUGGGCUUCCUGGACACCCCGGCCCGGGUGUACCGCGUGCUGGCUCGCUCCCACACCGCCCCAGUGCUGGCCCUCGCCACGGAGCAGAGGCGGGGGCAGCUGGCCACUGUGUCCCAGGACCGUACCGUUCGCAUCUGGGAUCUGGCCACCUUGCAGCAGCUGUAUGACUUCACAUCAUCAGAGGAGGCCCCGUGUGCCGUCACCUUCCACCCCACAAGGCCAACCUUAUUCUGCGGCUUCAGCAGUGGGGCCGUGCGCUCCUUCAGCCUGGAGGCCGCCGAGGUCCUGGUGGAACACAAGUGCCACCGAGGAGCCGUCACCGGUCUGAUUGCCACCCCUGAUGGCCGCCUGCUGUUCAGCGCCUGCCGCCAGGGCUCCCUGGCCCAGUACAGCUGUGCAGACCCCCAGUGCCGCCUCCUCCGAGUGGCAGCGGAUGUGGUGUGCCCAGAUGCCCCCGCAAGGCCCAGUGCUCUGGCCAUCAGUGGGGAUGGAAGCCUGCUGGCCUUUGUGGGCCCCUCCAGGCACACGGUGACGGUCAUGGGCUCGGCCUCCCUGGAUGAGCUGCUGCGCGUUGGCGUCAGCGCUCUGGACCCGGCCAGUGGGCGUCUGGACUCAGCUGUGGCCGUGUGCUUUGGCCCCACGGCCCUGGGCCACCUGCUGGUGUCUACCUCAUCCAACAGAGUUGUGGUGCUGGAUGCUGCGUCGGGCCACGUGGUCCGGGAGCUACCCGGUGUCCACCCUGGGCCCUGUCCCUCCCUGGCACUCAGUGAGGACGCCCGCUUCCUGCUGAUGGCCGCCGGCCGGGCUGUGAAGGUGUGGGACUAUGGGACGAAGGCCAGCCCAGGCCCCCAGGUGUACAUCGGCCACUCAGAGCCUGUGCAGGCUGUGACCUUCUCCCCUGACCAGCAGCAGGUCCUCAGCGCAGGGGAUGCCAUCUUCUUCUGGGACAUCCUGGCCACCACUGAGAACGAGCAGAGCUUCCCUGGGAUUCCCCCAGCCUGUGAGGCAGGCCCGGGCACAGGACAGUUGGAGGACGCUGAGUCUGGGGCCAGCGGGCUCCCCGAGCAGCGGGUCCCCAAGCCAUCUCCAGCAUCUCCACCACGGCUGGGCAUUUGUGCCAGGCCUCCCAAAGGUGGGGAUGGCACUUUCUCCACGUCGGAUGAGGAAGGACCUUGUGAGGAGAGCCGUAGCCCCAAGAGGCUUGGCCAGGCCCCAGGCCCGCCUGAGCUCACGGAGGAGGAGGCUGGCAGGGAUGGAGUUGGGGCCUGGGCUGCAGCAGCGGCCUCGUGGGAACUUGCGGCACCUCCCUGUCCCCCCAGCCAACCCCGCACCAGGGACACCAGGAAUUUGGGGACCCCACACACCACCUGCCUGGCUUCCCACAAGGCCUUCGUGCUCGCCAAGGUCAGCUGCAGCCCCAACUCUGCCAAGGGCACCUCCUUGCCUACCCCCAGCAGCCAACGGUGGCGGCUGCGUCUGAAGGCUGUCGUUGGCUACAGCGGGAACGGGCGGGCCAACAUGGUCUGGAAGCCGGACACAGGCUUCUUUGCUUACACAUGUGGCCGCCUGGUGGUGGUGGAAGACCUGCACUCUGGUGCCCAGCAGCUUUGGCCUGGCCACCCUGCGGAGAUCUCCACGCUGGCCCUCAGCCACAGUGCCCAGGUCCUGGCUUCUGCCUCAGGCGGCAGCAGCACAGCUGCCCAUUGCCAGAUCCGCAUUUGGGAUGUGUCUGGUGGCCUCUGCCAGCAUCUCAUUUCCCACCACAGCACCUCUGUGCUGGCCCUGGCCUUCUCACCAGAUGACAGGCUUCUCGUCACGUUGGGAGGCCACGUCGACCGCACCCUCACCUUGUGGAGCGUGGCCACCUGUGACCUCGUGUCCUCCACCCGCCUCCCGGAGCCAGUGUAUGGCGUGGCCUUCAACCCCUGGGGUGCCGGCGAGCUUACCUGUGUGGGUCAGAGCGCUGUCACCUUCUGGCUCCUGCAGCAGCAUGGGGCAGACGUCAGCCUUCAGGUGCACCGAGAGCCGGUCCCAGAGGCAGUCGGGGCUGGAGAGCUGACUUCUCUUUGCUAUGGGGCACCCCCCCUGCUCUACUGUGGCACCAGCUCCGGCCAGGUCUGUGUCUGGGACACGAGUGCCAGCCGCUGCUUCCUGGCCUGGGAGGCGGAUAACAGUGGCAUUGGGCUGUUGCUGUUCUCCGGCUUCCGAUUGGUCAGUGGCAGCAACACGGGGCGGCUGUGCCUGUGGGCCGUGGGGGCCGUGUCGGAGCUGAGGCGCAAGGGCUCAGGUGCCAGGUCCAGUUCUGUGCUCAUGGAACGCGAGCUGGUGCUGGACGGGGCUGUGGUGAGCGCCAGCUUUGAUGACGGUGUGGACAUGGGCAUUGUGGGCACCACUGCGGGCACGCUCUGGUUUGUCAGCUGGGCCGAGGGCACCAGCACACGUCUCAUCAGUGGCCACAGGAGCAAGGUGAACGAGGUGGUCUUCAGCCCCGGGGAGUCGCACUGCGCCACGUGCAGUGAGGAUGGGAGUGUGCGGGUGUGGUCCUUGGCCAGCAUGGAGCUGGUGAUCCAGUUCCAGGUGCUGAACCAGAGUUGCCUCUGCCUCGCAUGGAGCCCCCCGUGCUGUGGCCGCCCCAAACAGCAGCGGCUAGCGGCGGGCUAUGGUGACGGCUCCCUGCGAGUAUUCAGCGUCUCCCGCACAGCCAUGGAGCUCAAGAUGCGCCCCCACAUGGCAGCGCUGACUGCUGUUGCCUUCUCUACCGAUGGUCAGACUGUCCUCUCUGGAGACAAGGAUGGGCUCGUGGCUGUGAGCCGCCCCUGCACAGGGAUGACCUUCCGUGUGCUGAGUGACCACCAGGGUGCCUCGAUCUCUACUAUCGAUGUCACCCACAAAGAGUGUGGAGACUUAGGGGUGGAGGGCACAGACCUAUGGCUGGUUGCCAGUGGGGACCAGCGGGUCAGCAUCUGGGCCUCCGACUGGCUGCGGAACCACUGUGAGCUGGUGGACUGGUUGAGUUUCCCAACGCCUGCCACCACAGAGACUCAGGGCCAGCUGCCGCCCUCCCUUGCUGCCUUCUGCCCCUGGGAUGGGGCGCUGCUGAUGUACGUGGGCCCUGGUGUGUACAAGGAGGUGAUUCUCUACAACCUCUGCCAGAAGCAGGUGGUGGAGAAGAUACCACUGCCCUUCUUUGCCAUGUCCCUGAGCCUGUCCCUGGGCACCCGCCUCCUGGCUGUUGGCUUUGCUGAGUGCAUGCUGAGGCUGGUAGACUGUGCCACGGGGACCACGCAGGACUUCGCUGGCCACGACAAUGCAGUACACCUGUGCAGGUUCACACCGUCCGCCAGGCUGCUCUUCACUGCGGCCCUCAACGAGAUCCUGGUGUGGGAGGUGGCCAGCUGCUGACAUGUGGCGGGGACUGUGCUGCUGGGCGUGAAGCCAGGCCUCAUGCGGGGACAGGCCGGGACUUCACGUAGAUCGACUGGACCAGGCUGUUGUGAAUUCGACAACCUGAAAAUGUUUUAAUAGCUGUUGUCCCUUUGCCUAAGGAGUUUUUACUGUUUCUGUCUUAUAAACAAAGGCAUUUAUUGCAUUAUU